CCUCUGCUGACCCUCUCCUCCCUAGAUGAUAAGGAGAACUGUGACAACAGCAACCUUCUGGCAGUGAGCUACAGACAGUCAACUCAGUACCAGAGGGUGGUGGAGGAGCUGGACCAUUUGACCCAGGGUCUGGAGGGAGGGGUCGGAGGUCAGGGACAGAAGGCCGACUACGUCACCUCCUUCUGGUACCAGAUGAGGAUAGUGGUGUGUCGUAUGGUGGUGAACUCUCUCAGGAACCCCCAGACAUCGUACGCUCAGCUGGCCCUCAACAUCUUCUUCGCUCUGCUGGUCGGCCUCAUCUACUACCAGAUCCCCUGACUCUACCUGAAGCCCUACAG